AUGUCUCGCCCGGAAGAUCUCCUCCCCCCGGACCUGUACUACAACGACACCGCCUCAGCAAAGUACACGACCUCCUCACGCAUCCAAUCGAUCCAGGCGUCCAUGACGCAUCGCGCGCUAGAACUCCUCGACCUCGAUUCCCCGUCAUUCAUCCUCGACGUCGGCUGCGGGUCCGGCCUGUCCGGCGAGAUCCUCUCAGAAGAAGGGCACAUCUGGGUGGGGAUGGACAUUUCGCCCAGCAUGUUGGACAUUGCACUCCAACGAGAAUCCGUCGAGGGGGAUCUGUUCUUGGGCGACAUGGGCCAGGGCGUGCCGUUUCGCGCGGGCGCCUUUGACGCGGCCAUCAGCAUCUCCGCCGUGCAAUGGCUAUGCAAUGCCGAAUCGAGCGGCGUGUCCCCCGAAGGUCGGCUGCGGCGGUUCUUCGACGGCCUGUACGCGUCACUCCGCAGGGGCGCGCGGGCGGUGUUGCAAUUCUACCCGAAAAACGACGCGCAGAGGAAUAUGAUCUCCCAGGCGGCCGUGCGGGCGGGGUUCGGGGCCGGGAUCCUCGAGGACGAUGGCGGGACCAAGAACGUCAAGACGUACCUCGUCCUCAGCGUCGGGGGAGGCGAGGACAUCACCGAGCGGGUCAGGAAUAUGGACAAUGUGGACAUCGAGGACGGGAGGAGGUUCAGGGAGGCAGCAGCAGCACAGAAGGGCAAGCGACGAGGCGCGCUCGGGCAGGAUGUUGUUGUCAAGGGCAGCAAAGCGUGGGUCAUGAAGAAAAAGGACAAGAUGCGCAAUAGAGGCAAAGUGGUCAAGGCGGAUUCGAAAUACACUGCGCGCAGGAGGGGCCCGAAGUUUUGA